CAGGAAGAUGGCGGCGCGCUCGGGCACGAGCUUCCAGCGGAGGGCCCGCAAUCAGCGGACGUCGGUGCCGGGAACCCGGCCGUCGGUGCAUAACGGGCAGCUGCUGCUCUCCACCGGGGUGCCUUCCCUUGACUACGUGAUAGGAGGUGGCCUAGCUGUUGGAACUCUUCUCCUUGUUGAAGAAGACAAAUAUGAAAGCUACUCACAGAUGUUACUGAAGUAUUUUGUAGCGGAAGGUAUUAUUUGUGGACAUUCUCUUUUCAUUGCAUCUGCCAAAGAUCAUCCAAAGGACAUAUUGCAGGAGCUCCCUGCCCCUUUGCUUGAUGAUGUAAUCGAGACUGAGGAAUCUAACAAAGAGAAGGAGUCCAAUUCAGUGGAUAUCACUUCUUCAUCUGCACUCCAGAGUUCCAUGUCAAUAGCAUGGCGAUACCAAAACUUGCCAAAAGUACAGACAGCCUUGACGUCCUCCUCCAGAUUUGGUCAUUAUUACGAUGUUUCUAAAACAAUGAGUUCUGAACUUCAGCACUCAGUCAACUGCCACAGCUUUUUCCUACCCGAGGAAGUUCCAUUGGAUCCAGUCGGUACUGAAACUGGUAACAUGAACUUUGGUUACGUCAAGCUGCUUAGAGCCAUACAGAGAGUCAUCCGUGAGGAAGGAUUUGAUGGAACCGGUCCCCAGACUAAACAGAGGAACAUCCUGCGGAUAGGAAUCCAUUCACUUGGCUCAGUAUUAUGGGGAGACGAUGUUGGCCUUAAUGAAAACCCUGAAUCUGCGUACAGUCUGACUAAAUUUCUGUAUGCACUCCGUGGACUUCUCAGAACAUCUCUCUCUGCUUGUAUUAUUACCGUGCCAGCAUACCUCAUCCAGAACAAAGCAGUUAUAGGCCGUGUGGCAAAAUUAUCAGAUACUGUGAUUGGCCUUGAAUCAUUUAAUGCUUCUGAGAGGGAAACCAAUCCAAUCUACAAGGACUAUCACGGUUUAUUCCAUGUUCGUCAGCUUCCUCGGCUUAAUUGUUUAAUCUCUGAUGUGCCUGAUACAAAGGACCUUGCAUUCAAAUUGAAACGAAAAUUGUUCACUAUUGAGCAGGAACCUAUGAAGGAAGCCACCUGGAUACCCAGGAGUGAAAAAACAUAAAUCCCACCAUGCAAGGAAAGAAGGGUGGUACACAACAAGCCCUGUCCACAAAACAGCUAAAAACGCUUGGAAAAACAACCAAAACUGGACUGCCAGCUUAGCCGCCUCUCAAGAUAUUGAAUAAGAACUUCAGAAAUAGGAGCUGGUUAGACCAUUUUAAUGCUUCAUCAGACCUGUCAUUAAUCAGUCCCAACUGAUCUUCUAGCUCAGUACCAUUUUCCUGCACUAUCACAAAAUCUGAAGAAGUGAUGUACUCAUCAGUUAUGGACUCUUGAGCAAUGGCAAAAUGUCCUAUCUGGAUUAAUUUGGGCCAUAUAGGAAUUUUGUUUGGUUCAGUGAGUUCUCUUCUUACUAUUCUAAACAUAGAACACUACAGCACAGUACAUCAUGUGGUGCCGACCUUUUAACCUACUCUAAUAUCAAUCUACCCUUCUCUCCUACGUAGACCUGCAUGCUUCUAUCAUCUGUGUGCCUAUCUUAAGAAUUUCUUAAGUGUCCUUAUUGUAUCUGCCUCUACCACACCCCUGCGUUAAAUGCACCCAGUACUCGCUACAUAAAAACACUUACCUCUGAAUCGUCCCUGUACUUCCCUCCAAACACCUUAGAGUUUUGACUUCAUGACUUCAUUUUAGCCAUUUCCACCCUGGGAGAAGUUCCCUGACUAUUCACUCUGUCUAUGCCUCUUAUCUUGUUCACCUAUGUGUAGUCACCUCUCAUCCUCCUUUGCUCCAAUGAAAAAUGCCCUAACUCGCUCAACCUAAGAAGACUAAAACUGUUUCUUACUAUCUUACUAUUCCAUGAAUAGAGUCAUCUAUAACACUUGCAUUUGAACCCUCUUGUAAUAAGGACCAGCCUGUUGUUUGCCCUUCUAAUUGCGUGCUACUUCUAAAUGUUUAUAACAUUCAGAAACAUUCCAAAACUAUCACCCACUGUCUUAAACUAUAAAUGGUUAUGAUAUAAAGAAAAUAUUCUAAAUCUAUUAGAUUUCCACCUUCUGCAGUUUCCUGUUUAAAAUAGUGCUGGUGAAGCGCAGUGAUGACUUGCUGCCAGCAAACAAAAAUACUAAUUACUUUAUUAAUCACACAUCUUGUCAAAAACAAUCAUUACAAUCAGUAGCCUGUAACAUCCAUAUCACUGUUGAACCACCUGUACAACCUGGCGUUGAAGUCUCGAAGGUGCAGGAUAGUUGUGCACGGCGUGUAUGGGCCAAAUCGAGAUUGUGGAGCACAGCCCCAAGAGCAGGGAUGAAGCCGAUGUUCAGCGAUUAUUGAGGUGGUUUUGUAAGCGAUUUGAGGCUGCAGAGUCAAGGCAGGGGGGCCCUGCCCCAAAAGUGAGGAAUAAGCCGAUGCUGGACCAAUUUAAGCACCAAGCCAGAUUGGAAAGGUCAGGUACAGGCUGAAUCGAUGUAGCAGCUCCCGGGCCCAAACGUAGCAAAGUGGCAGGGCCCAGGUCCGAGAGCACUGGGCCAGAUUGUAAAAGUCAGGGUGUCAGGGCUGGUGGAGUGGAACAGGCUGGUGUUCAGCUGGCUUCUCAGUGAGGUCUGCUCAUCACUGCACUGAACUAAUGGGGUCCUGGAUCGGCUAGGACUGUCUUUGUGGGCUGUGAACUCACUUCAUGAAUUUUAGUUCUGAAAGUUAUUUGCUUUUUUUUUAUUGUUUGCAGGAUUUGUUUUUUUUCUGAACACUGGGUGUUUGACAGUCUUCAUUUUUUAAGAGGUUCUAUUUGGUUUCUUUGUUUUGGAGCUGCCAGUAAGGAGGCAAUCUCAAUGUUCAUACAUGCUUUGAUAAUAAAUGUACUUUGGACUUUUAACAUUUGCUUUAAACUCAAAGCAAAAAAACUACAGAAGAUUGAAAUCUGAAAUAAGCGCAAAAGAUGCUGUAAAUACUCAGUAGGUUAGGUGGAGAGAGAAGCACAGUUAAACAUUUCAGGUGAAUAAUAAAACGUGGAGACCACAUUUAAACACUUACAAAUGCACUCAACUUUAAAAAAAACUAAGAAUACUGAACUUGAAGGCUUGUAUUUUUCACAUUCAUGGAAGCAGCAGAGGAGAACUCUAGGUGAUUUGUACAAAUUAACCACAAACAUGUUGUGAAUUUGAUGCAGUUCUGCACCUCUGUUCCUGGCCUCUGUGCAGAUGUACGCUGGAACAUGGUCAACCAAUACCAGUACAUGUCUGUGAGCUAGUUUAGAGUGUCUUUGUUUGCUCACAUAUUUGUGAAAAUUCCACACGUGGUGACAUUUCUCCACAAAAUUGCUUUUAUUAUUUAAAAAACACAAUUUUAAAUUAUUUAUCUGACAGAAUGAUAAUCCACAAGUACAAUAUCAAAAAAUUAAGUAACAGACAAUGGAAAUAAUUUUGCUAACUAUUCCACAUGCAGGACUUUCAAGAAUUUACAAUACAAUUAGUCAUGAAGAAUUAAUAUACUCAUUAGAUCAGUGAUGUUUGGAGAUUACACUGAAGAGGAGUACAAAAAAUGCACUCUUUGAAGAUGAUGAGAAUCACUAGAGUAUUUUUGGACUUCUACGUUUAACUGUGUAUACACACUCAGUGGUUAUUUCAUUAGGGACAUCUCUACACCUCGUUAAUACAAAUCAGCCAAUCAUGUGACAGCAAUUCAAUGCAUAAAAGUAUGCAGACAUAAUCAAGGGGUUCAGUUGUUUUUCAGACCAAACAUCAGAAUGGGGAAGAAAUAUAAUCUAAGUGACUUUGACCGUGGAAUGAUUGUUGAUGUCAGACAGGGCGAUUUGGGUAUCUCAGAAACUGCUGACCUCCUGGGAAAUUCACACACAACACUCUCCAGAGUUUACAGAGAAUGGUGCAAAAGACAAAAAACAUCCAGUAAGCUUUGGAUAGCUCUGGGUCUG